AUGAAACACUCAUUACCGCCAAAACCUUGCCCUCUCAAAAUCGAGGGCAAGCAGGGCCAGAAGCUUCCGAAUCUGAUAAUCUUCAUGCCAGAUCAACUUCGUUAUGAUUCACUUGGGUGUACAACCGCGGGGAGAUUUCCUGUCAAGACUCCAAACAUCGAUGCUUUCAGUCGACGUGGAACUCUUUUUACCAAUUGUUUCGUGCAAGCUUCAGUCUGCUCUCAGUCACGAUGCUCCAUGUUUACUGGUACCUACCCUCAUGUCAGUGGUCAUCGAAGUUUGGAGAACCUCAUUAAACCGUGGGAACCAAACAUGUUUCGCAGCUUGAAGGAAAAUGGUUACCACGUCGCCUGCCUGGCUCCAAGAGGUGACACUUUCGCUCCGACCGUGACCGAGCUCAGCGUAACCGAGUACGGCUUUCUCGAGACUCCAGAGUUCAUCCCUAAGUUCCGAGGGGAAGACUCGAAAGAAAAAGAUGAAAGCAUCUGGGGACGACUAUUUUAUCGAGGACUCCGGAAUCCUUCUGAAGUCGUGGAUUACGACGAGGCCGUGGUGAGGUCUGCCAUCUCAUGGCUGGAAUGUCCGCCUCCAGAUAAGCCUUGGGUCCUGUUCAUGCCGCUCAUAUUCCCCCAUUGUCCCUUUCAAGUCGAGGAACCAUACUUCUCAAUGUACAACCGCUCUGAAAUGCCACCGGUAUUGUCCUUGCCAGAAAAGAAAACCGGCUAUGAACCAAGAUAUAUGAAGGCCAUUCGCGAUCAAUAUGGCACGCACCGUGCAACGCCCGAAAUUUGGGCCGAAAUCAAAUCCACCUACUUCGGUAUGAUCUCCCGUUUGGACGAUCAGUUCGGCCGAAUCGUUGAUAAACUUGAUUCUCUGGGUCUGUGGAACGAGACGGUCACCAUGUUCUUCACCGACCAUGGCGAGUAUCUCGGCGAUCACGGUCUGAUUGAAAAAUGGCCGUCCGGUUUAUCUGAAACUCUGACGCGGGAGCCUUUGAUCAUAGGUGGCGGAGGUUUGCCAGAGGGGCAAGUCACUGAUGUGAUGGCUGAGAUGGUCGAUUUGGCGCCGACGGUCUUUGAGCUCUGUGGAAUCGGAGAGCACUUCCCACAUAAUGGGAAAUCCCUCAUACCUGUCCUUGUUGAAGGCAAGAAAGAGCACAGAAGAUUCGCCUUUACCGAAGGAGGGUUUCUGACCAGCGAGGAACCCCUGCUAGAACAGGCGCCAUAUCCAUAUGAUAUUAAAGCAAGCUUGCAACAUGAGGACACCACUCUCGCGGGUAAAGCGAUUAGCAUUCGGAACAAAGAAUGGACAUAUAUCUAUCGAUUAUAUGAGCCAGCUGAGCUCUAUCAUCGUAUCAAUGACCCAGAGGAGAUGCACAAUCUGGCCGCGGAUCCGAAUUAUGUUGCCGUUGGCCGGUCAUUGGAGAGUGAGAUCUUUCGCUGGAUGGUCGAGGAGUCGGACUUCCUUCCCUGGCAAAAAGACACUCGGUUCCCCGAGGUCACACUGAAGAGUCCAAAAGAACAAUUACUUGAGCGAUUGGAACAGGCCGGGAAGGGAAUGAACGGCCGUGCCAUUGAUGGCACCGUCGUAAAUGGGCAUGCCAAAUAG